AUGCCCCGCGCGCAGCCGGCAGAGCCCGCCGCACCCAGCAGCAGCGUCGGCAGCAGCGGCGAUAGCAGCAGCAGCAGCGAGCGGGAUCCCAAGGAGGGCGCCGCGCCUGCGGCGCACUUGGAACCCAGCGCCGCCAGCCCUGGCCCCGCAGCAGCCCCGUCGGCGGCCCUGGCCGCGGCCGCACCCCCAAAGCCCGCCGAUGCGGUUUCCGUCCUGAGGAGCGCGCAGCCCGUGGACCGCCUGCGCUACCAGGCCCUCCUGCUCUUCCAGCACUUUGAUGCUGACGAGGACG